AUGAAGACCAAAAACAAACCCACAAAGCGCAGGAUUUUGGCGGACAAAGAGACAUUUCAUGGUGAGCCAACAUCCAGUAAGCAGGACCUGGAGAAAUGUUUGAGGAACAGGGACAGGCGGAAGGGGGAGAAGACUGAGGGCAGCAAGGGAGGGACUGCCAGAAAGAAGUCAUCCUCAAGCAGCCGGGAAAGCAAUCUGAGGAGGCUGGAGAGUAACGAGAGGGAGAGGCAGAGGAUGCACAAACUCAACAAUGCCUUCCAGGCCUUGCGAGAAGUCAUUCCCCAUGUCAGGGCAGAGAAGAAACUCUCCAAAAUCGAGACCCUCACCCUGGCUAAAAACUAUAUCAAAUGUCUGACCUCCACCAUCCUCAACAUGUCCAAUGGUUGUCUCCCUCCCCUGGAAGGGGAGGGAUCUGCUCACAACUCUAAAUUCUACCAGCAUUAUCAGCAGCAGCGAGGAGAUGAGGAAAGUGAAGAUCAGCUAAAGAAAUAUUCCACCCAGAUCCACAGUUUUCGGGAAGGGAGUUAG